AUGGUCGACGCGCCCUCCACGCCCGGACCCUCCCGGCAAUGUUACAAGACCCCCUCCGUCCGCAAACGACGGUCUCGGGUCGGUCUGAGUAACGAUUUCUCAGUCAAGCGACCCCGUUUGUCCGGUGGACCCAUCGAUGUUGCGGCGGAACCAGGCGUGAAGCAUGUUGAAGACUUGACAUCGGAGCCCAAGGCCGACCGCUUCAUUUCUUCGCGACCCGAUACCAUAUUCCCCAUGGACACCACCCCUCGAACAACACGCAUUGCACGAGCCUUUGGUCUGAUCGACGACCGCAUAUUGAACUACGGGGACCCUCCGUCAACUUCAGCAAUAGAGGAUGAAACGCUCUCCUCUAUCCGUCGAAGUGCUUCUCAGCUCUUCAAAUACACUACACCAGCUCAUCCCUCUUCCGCCGCCUCCGUCCUCGGGAAGAGGAAACAGUUUAUACUGGCUCUGGACGGGCCAGGAAUACCAUCUGAUCCUUGGGCGCAUCCUUUGGCUUGGUCGCCUCACAAUCUCAUCGCAGUCGCCUGCGGUGCCGAUGUCUAUCAUCAAAACCUUGACACCCGCACAAUCGAACAUCUCGCGACGUUCCCUCGCGCAGAAGCGGGCCGUAUACGAGCGUUAUCUUUUGCUGGAGGAGAAGCGCCCGAGUUGCUAGGCCUCGGGACAGGCUCGGGCGGUGUCCAUGUCUAUGACGCCCAAGCGGGGAAGCGCCUGCGGGCUUGGCAGGAUGAUGCGAACUCGCAAGCCGUCGGGGCUCUCGCGUGGCGCGGGCGUCAACUUGCGGUCGGUCGUGCGGGAGGAGGAAUGGCAUGGCUGGACUCUCGAGCCGCAGUGCCCGCUCGCGUCUUCAAGGCGCACAAAGGCGAUGUGCAUGGUCUUACGUGGUCGGCGGACGAGCGCUUCCUUCUCAGCAGCGACUCGAAGGGCGGUGUUCACCUUUGGGACGCGCGCAAUACAUCCGCUCGUUUGGGUCGCGCCCGGCACGAUGGCCCCGUCAAAGCACUUGCUUGGUGUCCUUGGAAACCCGACCUCUUCGCAAGCGCUGGCGCGGACGGAGACGGCAUCAUUCGCGUAUGGAGUUCGUCUUCCUUCGGCGCCGAUCCGCAUGGGCAACGCGCUGUGCCAGAUCCUCUGAAAGAGAUCUCAACAGACAGCGAUAUCUUUGCGCUUAUAUGGUCGCCGCAUUGCCGCGAACUCCUAAGCACGCAUGGUCGUUCAUGGGGAGAUCCCGAGCCUGCACCGGUGCCCGGUUCAGGUACUGAGUCAAUGGGUUACACGAAUGCCCUCGUUGUACAUUCUUACCCCACCGGUCGCCGUAUCGUCAGCCUUACGGCGCAUACUGGGCCUACAAGUCAGGCGUGUCUGUCACCGGACGGGACUUCGGUAUUCACAAUAUGUGCUCGGGAGGAGGCGAUGAAGAUGUGGCGCGUUUGGAGUACGCCGGUUGAUGGACCGCGGGAAGAACGCACCUUUGAUCGCUUCACGAUACGUUGA